GUCGCCGUUGCCUCACACCGCCAAAAAAGCAGCAGGGGCCGCCACACCGAGCUCUGCCCGCCCGCAUUUUCACUUGCUCCUCCUGCCAUUGUUGCUGUAGCUGGGUGCGUGAAGGUAGGGGAAGGCCGCAAUGGCGCGUGUCGGCCUGCUCCUGCUCGCGCUGUGCGCGGCCUUGGCGGCGGUCGCGGCGGGUGGGGCGCACCGGCACCAGCGCAAGAACAGGCCGUCGGCGCGGCUCCCGCUGGUGCCCGCAGCUCCGGGCGCGUCGCUCCCGGACCGCGCGCGGGACGACCGGCACCGCCACGCCUACAUCUCCAGCAGGCUGGCGUCGACCUCCCCGCACCACGCCCACGGCCGCCGGGCCGCCGAGACCGGCACGUCCCCGGAGUCGUCGGCGUUCGCGAUGCCGCUGACCUCGGGCGCGUACACGGGCACCGGGCAGUACUUCGUGCGGCUGCGCGUGGGCACCCCCGCGCAGCCCUUCGUGCUGGUCGCCGACACCGGCAGCGACCUCACCUGGGUCAAGUGCCGCGGCGCGUCCCCCUUGUCGUCCGCGUCGCCGGCGCCGGCGGGGUCGGCGUCACCGCCGCGCGUGUUCCGGCCGGCGGACUCGAGGUCGUGGUCGCCCAUACCGUGCUCGUCCGACACCUGCAAAUCCUACGUCCCCUUCUCCCUCGCCAACUGCUCGACGACCCCGCCCGCGCCUUGCUCCUACGACUACAGGUACAAGGACGACUCCUCGGCCCGCGGCGUGGUGGGCACGGACGCGGCGACGGUGGCGCUGUCCGGCGGCAACGGCGCUGACAAGAAGGCGAAGUUGCAGGAGGUGGUGCUGGGCUGCACCACCUCGUACGACGGCCAGAGCUUCCAGGCCUCCGACGGCGUGCUCAGCCUCGGCAACAGCAACAUCUCCUUCGCCUCCCGCGCCGCCGCGCGCUUCGGUGGCCGCUUCUCCUACUGCCUCGUCGACCACCUCGCCCCGCGCAACGCCACCAGCUACCUCACCUUCGGCCCGAGCGACGACGACUCGAACACAAACGGUGGUGCCGCACCGUCCGCGGCGCCGGCUGCAGCCCCAUCGCGGACGCCGCUGCUGCUGGACGCUCGCAUGGCCCCGUUCUACGCCGUGACGGUCGACACGGUCUCCGUCGCUGGAGAGGCCCUCGACAUUCCGUCCGAGGUGUGGGACGUGAAGAAGAACGGCGGCGCGAUCCUGGACUCCGGCACGAGCCUGACGAUCCUCGCUACCCCGGCGUACAAUGCUGUGGUGGCGGCCCUGAGCAAGCAGCUCGCGGGGGUGCCGCGGGUGACCAUGGACCCGUUCGAGUACUGCUACAACUGGACGGCGUCCAGCACGCCGCCGGCGGUCCCGAGGAUGGAGGUGCGGUUCGCCGGGUCGGCGCGGCUGGCACCGCCGGCCAAGAGCUACGUGAUCGACGCGGCGCCUGGGGUCAAGUGCAUCGGGCUGCAGGAGGGCGCGUGGCCAGGUGUGUCGGUCAUCGGCAACAUCUUGCAGCAGGAGCACCUCUGGGAGUUUGAUCUCGCCAACCGCUGGCUCAUGUUUAAGCAGAGUCGAUGCGCACACUAGCUAGUCUGCAAUAAUCCCUACUAUUCAUUUUUUUUUCUCGUCGAAAAGGUCUCGCUGAUUUUGUAAGCCUCUCCCAAGUGUUAAUGAAAUGGAAAUGUGGAAUCAUGCUUUCAGAAGCAGAAAAGAAGAAACUGGCCCAGAACGUGACUUCUUCU